UUUUGCUUUUAUAGCGCUGGCAGCAUGGCAGAUUUGUUGACAUCCACACAUGACCCACAGAGUGCGUGACGACAUGAGGAUGGCUACAGCAUCCCUAGGCAACAGGAACCUUUGAGCUCUUCCAUUCUGUUCUUAUGGGACCAGCACCCUCUGUGUGGUCUGUCCUUGGCAGGAAUGUCAGUAUGCAGUUCGUGACUGCACAUCCGUCUUUUUGCUCACCAGCUCCUGGCUUGAAGUCCUUAUAGUCUUUGUAAUUUCCCAAAUGAUUUUGAGCAAGAAGGGCACUUUUGAGGGUCAAACAUUUGUUCUUUUGUCCUUGGUUCUCCAGAGUGACGAAAGUGACAGAGAAGCUAUUGUUUUUUGGGGGCACCCUUGCAAGCACACAGGAGAUGAUAUUUUGGAAAGCCUCUAGAAUAAAUACUGGGUGGGAGGGAUGGUUGCCAAAGGAGCCAGCUAGACUCAGAGGGCUGCAACCCUCAUUCCCACUUCUCAACAUCCUUGGAGGGAAGAGAGGCUGAGGGUUAAGUUGGCCAUCAAUGGCCAAUGCCUUCAUUCACCAUGCCUAUCUAAUGACACUUCCACAGGACUCCCCAAAACGAUCAGGUUGGAGAAUUUUGAAAGCUUAAUACAUGGAGGUUCCUGGAGGGUGACACGGAAGCACCCCACUCCUUCUCCCAUGUCUUGCUUUGCACCUCUCCAUCUGACCCUCAGUUCAAGCCUGGUCUUGUGGCUGUCAUCUGAGGUAAGGUAGGAGGUAGUCUUUGGUACUGAGCUCCCAACCUGUGGCCUCUCCAAGCAGACAGUGUCAGUGAAGCUGAGUUAGAAGGCGCUCCGCAGGUGUCUGCUGCAGAACCAAGAUGGCCUGCUUGGUGGGCAGGAGCCCUUUUCUCCUGAUAUCUGCUUCUGCUGAGUGAGAGGACCGGAGGUGAGUUUGUUUUAUCCCUUUAUCCUCAGUGCAAAUGUAGUUGGGGUGAACUCCAGAACCCACUCUCUGAAAUACUGCUAAAUGACCAUGCACAUACCACCUUGAUUUGUUUUUCUGGAAGCAAUGUAGCCUGCCAUCUCUUCUUUUCACGAGUGGGACAGUCCUUUAAGGGCCUUCUAACCUGUAACUACACCCCUCCCUGCACUAUGGUCCCUGCACGGUAUGACGUUCAACAGUGAGGAUCUAACCAUGUUAUCAUUAAGCUUCAUGGUGGGAAGAAUCCCAGGCUGGCCUCAUGCAUGAUCUCCACCACUCCAAUACCCAUCAUUGCUCUGGUGACUGAUACAUCCAUCACACAAUCAAAGUGAUUGUUCAGAUGUAGUUAAGGGGACUGUCUUAGUUAGGAUUACUAUUGCUGUGAUGAAACAAAAGCGACUUGGGGAGGAAAAGGUUUAUUUCACACGUAGUUCCAUGUUAAACUCAUCAUCAAAAACAGUCAGGCCAGGAACUCAAGCAGGGCAGGAACCUGGAGGUGGGAGCUGACACAGAGGCCAUGGAGGAGUGCUGCUUACCGGCUUGCUCCCCAUGCCUUGCUCAGUCUGCUUUCUUAUAGAACCCAGGACUACCAGCCCAGGGGUGGAACCACCCACAAUGGGCUGGGUUCUCUCCCAUCAAUAACUAAUUAAGAAAAUGCCCUACAGGCUUGCCUACAGCCCAGCGUUAUGGAGGUAUUUUCUUAAUCAAGGCUCCCUCCUCUCUGAUGACUUUAUCUUGUGUCAAGUUGACAUAAAUCUAGCCAGCACAGUGACUAAUCAGUCGACCUUAAUAUAGAGAGUUUCUCCAGGUGGGUCUGCCUGAUGAAGCCAGCCUUUGACAAGCAGAAUUUUCUCUCACUGCUAGCAAAGGAUGAUGCCAGGAUGAUUCGAUGCCACGAGGACUGGGUGAUUCUGACCUGCCAUCACUGCUUUAAAUGGGGCAGACACUGCCACGUGGGAAGAAUCUGUAAGAGGCUGAGAGAGGUUCUAAUGAAGGCCAACAGGAAGAUGGGGUCGUCAGUGCUACAAUGGAAAUGAAGUGGUUUCUGGAAACACAUCUGAAUGGGUCUGAAGUGGCUUCCCUCUCCAUCCCGAACUCUAACCAGCUGAAACACCCUUAGCUUGGGGCACUCUGAGUAGUCAAGCCAAGUACAACCUAUGACCUUCAGAAAAGUGAAAUCAUGUGUGGGUGUUGCUUUUAGUUACCAAGUUCACGGUAACCCAUUUUUAUAGCAAUAAAAAACAUAUCCCUACCAGGUUUCUAACCCUUCAAUAAAAACGUCUGCUAUAGGCUUACCAGGUCCUGCCAUUUAAUCCUUAUAGCAGUCACUUUUGAAAUUAUCCCUUAGGUCACAGGAAGUAAAAGCACCCAGUGUAAGUAAAAGCACCCAGCACCUGCAACUAUGCUUCUGAUAAAUUCAAAAGCAUAUGCAUGGCAUUGAAGACUCUUCUUGACCUGGCUUCUGUCAGUUCAUCCCCGUCCGAUACUUCUGUCAUUUAACUCCUUGUAGCCCGGUGACUGCCACGCUGUCUUGAUUCUUCAGUUUGCACAUUGAUUCCUUCUGCCUGCCGUGUGUCCCUCCCCCUCCCCCAUCUCUUUGUCCUUUGGAAAGUUCAAUUUCUUUUUCUGUCUUGCCCUAGAUGGUACCUCCGAUGGGAAGCCUUUGUGGACUCUCCCAGAUGGGGUCUAUACUGCUGUACAGCAUCCAGGCAUGCUCUCCUAAUGCAUAGCGAUUUCCGUGGUCAGAACACAGAAGCCUUGGUGUUGGAAAUGUUUACUGAGCUACAGCGAGCUCCUUGUAGGUCAGGAGAUAUGCUCAUCAUCACACCACCGGACUUAGAGCACAGUAAGAACUCAGCAAAUGUUCCAGGAAGGAAUCAUUCUAUCGACAAAAGUACUUUACAAGAAAUAGUGAGACAUCCAAGGUCUUGAGGCAGGGGAGUGAGCUGUCAGAUCUGUGCUUCCCAGGACAAGCUCAGAACAAGCCUUGUACUGAGAGGGUUUAAGAAGAAGCUCAGCAUUGUGACUUUGGAUUUGUGUUCUGAUACUCGACUCUUAGCAUUCUAUAUGCCAGAAAACAGCAGAAACAGUCAUAGUAAUGGCCCCAGUUUCCCCAUUGGAAGCAGGACUGGUGAUUAAUUUAGGCCUGGACCCCAGACUCCCUCUGUAAGUUUUUCUGUCAAGAAGGCUGUGGGAAAUGGAGAUGAGGGUCCACAGUUCCGAUCUAUGGGGAACUGAGCACGACUCAGACCACUGCACAUCUGCUCAAGGAUCCCACUGUGGUUGAGGAGGACUGGAAGGCUUAAGAGACAGAGCUUACAAACCUUAGCUGGUCAGGUAGUGGAUCACAACGUCUCCACUAGAAACUGUUGGGUGCCUCAGUUUCUCCGCCUGUGCAAAGUGCCGUGUACAGAGGGGGCUAGCUACCCUGAAGGACCAAGACCAGAGGUACCUGGGAGCGCUGGAAAAGCAGGAAGUCGGGUUAAGGUGUUUCCAGCCAGUUCUCCACGGGAGGGAAGGCUGAGCCGAGGGGGGCGCAGAGCUGAUGCCAGGUGAAGCCUGGGCUCAAGGCCUUGUGGCAGAGAGCUUGCCGAGUCCUUCUUUGCUCUGAGUGGAGAAAACUAGGAAUUGGACUCCCGACGCCAGAAACCCGAGCCAGGGGCAGACCCAGCGGCGGGGCUGGGAGGGGCGAGUCUGGGCGCCGCGCCUGCGGUGCUCUCAGCCGCAGCUCAGGGCGCUGGGGGCGGGAAGAGGUGGAGCCAGGUGGGGAGGAGCAAAACCCGGAGGCCUCGGGCACCGCGGGCAGAGCCAGAGCCGCUGGAACCCCGGCGCCCGCACGCUGCUUCGGGAGAGCCCGCCGUCCAAGCCGAAAGCAGCUGCUGCUGCCGGAGCCGCCGCCUGAUUUCAGUGCACAGCGAGGGAGAAAGGCUAGUGACGCCGGAGACCCGGUCACGGAUUCUCCUUCAGUUCGGGAGCUGCCAGGUUGCCGCGCUGGCCCUGCCGCCCCAGUAGCGCCUAGCCGGAUCUGCCCCUCGCGUCCCAGUUAACACCAUGGAUCCUUCGGAGAAGAAGAUAUCGGUGUGGAUCUGCCAAGAGGAGAAGCUGGUGUCCGGCCUCUCCCGCCGCACCACCUGCUCAGACGUGGUGCGGGUGCUUUUGGAGGACGGCUGCCGGCGGCGACGCAGGCAGCGGCGGGGCCAGCGACGGGGGAUGGCGGAGGACCCCUCCAAUCAGUUGGAGCAGCCCGAGCCUCCUGACGAAAACGACGAGGAUGACGACGACGACGCGAUUCCCCAGGGCAUGCUAUGUGGGCCCCCGCACUGCUAUUGCAUCGUGGAGAAGUGGCGCGGCUUUGAGCGCAUCCUGCCCAACAAGACGCGAAUCUUGCGCCUCUGGACCUCCUGGGGCGACGAGCAGGAGAAUGUGCGCUUCGUGCUGGUGCGCAGCGAGGCGUCGCUGCCCAACGCCGGGCCGCGCAGCGCCGAGGCGCGGGUAGUGCUCAGCCGCGAGCGCCCCUGCCUGGCCCGGGGAGCCCCGGCGCGGCCCAGCCUGGCUUUGACCCAGGAGAAGCAGCGGCGGGUGGUGCGCAAGGCCUUCCGCAAGCUGGCCAAGCUCAACCGGAGGCGCCAGCAGCAGCCGCCGUCGCCUUGUUCGUCCACGUCGUCGUCCACCGCCUCGUCCUGUUCGUCGCCGCCUCGGACCCACGAGAGCGCGUCGGUGGAGCGCAUGGAGACGCUGGUGCAUCUGGUGUUGUCGCAGGACCACACUAUCCGCCAACAGGUGCAGCGGCUGCGGGAGCUGGACCGCGAGAUCGACCGCUACGAGGCCAAGGUGCACCUGGAUCGCAUGCGGCGGCACGGAGUCAACUACGUGCAGGAUACGUACCUGGUAGGGGCUGGAAUCGACCUCGACGGGCCGGCCCCUGGAGAGGAGCCCGAGGAGGCGACGCUGGCGGAGAAGGGGACGGAGGCGGUGGCACCCCUGGACAGCGAGGCUCAGGCGGCUGCACUGGAGGAGCUGGCCCGGCGCUGCGACGACCUGGUGCGGCUGCAGGAGGAGCGCGCCCAGCAGGAGGAGUUGCUGGAGCGCCUGUCCGCCGAGAUCCAGGAGGAGCUGAACCAGCGGUGGAUGAAGCGGCGCAAUGAGGAGCUGGCGGCUCGAGAGGAGCCCCCGGAGCCCGACGGCGGUCCGGAUGGCGAGCUGCUGCUGGAGCAGGAGCGGGUUAGGACGCAGCUCAGCACCAGCCUUUACAUCGGGCUGAGGCUCAGCACGGACCUGGAGGCUGUCAAGGCUGAUCUGGAUUACAGCCAGCAGCAGAGGGACAUCAAGGAGCGCGAGCUGCAGGGCCUUCUCCAGACUUUGCGCACUUUGGAGCAGACGGUGGUGAAUGAUGGGGCUGUGGGUUGCGGCGGACCCUCGCGGGAACCUCAGCCUCAGACCUGUGCAGAGAUGUGGGUAGACCAGGCCCGGGGACUAGCUAAGAGCUGCCCCGGCAACGAUGAGGACUCGGAUACUGGGCUAAGCUCCAUGCAUAGCCAAGACUCGGACUCGGUACCCCCUGUGUGUGAAUCCCUUGUGUAGAAGUAGUAGGGAGCAAGUCUAGACGCUUGCAGUCUGCACUGGCCCAGCCUGCUCAGGGACAUGAAGUGAGGCGGUGGGAUGAGCUCAGAGUUCCCACGGAUGGGUCUCAAGAGUGGAGAGGACAACUGCCAGGCAGCAUGCUCCUCUGACUCAGGAUGAAUGUGGGGGAGGGUCCUGGACAAGGAAGCCCUAAACUUCUUAAGCUUCAGAGGGAAAAGGAGGCAGGAGGUGAGAACCCCUCCCUAUUUUUAAAACACCUUAGGUAAAUCGACGAGGUCCAAGCCCAUUUUCAAAACAAGAAAAAAGAAAAACAUUAUGGACGUUUUAACCACUCCUCUGUAUGGGAAGGACUGAUGACAGCUGGAACUAUGGUCUGUGGCAUAAAGUGCUGUUUGUUAAAAGAAAACACUUGGAUGAAAAGGAAAUUCCUUGAAUGUUAAUUGUGACUGGAAACGUGUUAAAACUAGCCAAAGAGGACGCACUAGUGUUGGUCUCUGCCUUGCCUAACGUCUUUGAUAAAACCCAUAGGCACCAAAAUCCUGACUGUUUACAUUUCUUCAGGUUUGGGAAUUACCCAUCUGCUAAAUCAUUUGCCUUUUAUUUCUGUCAAAGGCCAAACUGCAUUGCAAUCUAAGGCUGUGUUUCUCCCUACUAAAUACAAUGUGUUAAAAGCCCCCCCACCUCCACCUCGACUCCACCCCAAACGUAGCCCUUUUGAAUUAUAAGAUCCUGGCACACAUAAUCCAGGGUAAAAAUGUAGUCUGGCUCUUUGGGAUGUGUUUCUGCAAAGGCAGAGGUGAUGUCUUCUAGUUCAUGAUGUCUAUUCAUUGACUAUCCAAUGACAGUUAAGAAAAAAAAGGGGAGCUGCAGAAUGAGGCACAGCCCGCUUUGCUGUUUUAACAAACAUGGUAGUGUCAACUAUAACUUGAAAGCAAAGAUCUUUGCAUAGAGUUUAGAGUUAAGUCCAGCACUAUGAUUAAAAUCAACUGUGACCUUCAGGAAUUUUACCCAGAUCCAAGUCCAACUUCAAUAUCUUUGGCUGGAGAUAAGGUUCUGGUUCAAGUAAACUGCAAGUGCCAAUUAACUUCAAGUGCAAACACCAGUGUUUACUAGCUAAGGCCUCCAAAGGGGGGGGGCAAUCUGAUAGGCCACCGUGGGUAACCAAAUAGAUUAACCAUGACAGAGAGCCAUGGUAAAGACAUAUGAAAGUGAGCUAAGAACUUGAGUUGCUCCUGUCUGGCUGCCUCUCUGCUCGUGGCAGGGGAGAUAUAAGGGUGACAUUGUCUCCUGUAGCUGGUGAUAGUGCUGGGGGUGCUCAGUGUAAUUGUUCCAGAUAUUUCAAUAGGAACUUAUCAGUUGUCGUAAGCUGUUUGGCCCGUGGAAGGAGCCUGCUGGCCCAUUUCCCUGUGGAGCCCAGUACUUUCUGAGGAAUGUGGAUCUAAUGUGUCUGGAGGAGGUAAUGACAAUGGGGUGUGUGUGUUGCCAGCGAGGUACAGAAGGCUGGUGUCAACUGAACUAGCGAGGGGCUGGCUCCCGUUUCCACAAUGACAUGCAAAGAUAAGUUCGGGCCUUGGGAGUUCUUCCCUUGUGAGAUCAGCUGUCUGAGUGCCCCCAACAGGAAGAAGCAUGUCUUCCUGAACUACUCAGAUCCACUGGAGUGUUUCCUUUUCACAGACUGUCCCAACACUGAUGCUGCUGUGGAAUUCUAACACACGUGUCUGUUCUCACAUUUUCAAGUAAAAUCGAAGUGAAAAGGU